AUGUGCCCACAAACAGAUUUUUUCUUGAAAGAUUACGUGGGUCACGAGGAUUGUUUGUACCUUAACGUUUACACUCGUCAGGUGAAUAUUUUUGGAAAUGGAACGAAAUUGAGACCAGUCAUGGUGUGGAUAUAUGGUGGAGCAUUCUUCAGUGGAAACAGCAAUCCAUCCUUCUACGGUCCCGAUUUCUUCCUCGAGGAGGACGUUGUCAUGGUCAGCUUUAAUUACCGUCUCGGUGCACUAGGAUUUUUGGCAUUGAAUCAUCCUGAAGCUACAGGCAAUGCAGCCCUGAAAGAUCAGGUCCUGGCUCUGCAAUGGGUGCAGGACAAUAUCGCUGCAUUUGGCGGUAAUCCUAAUGAAGUAACUAUCUUUGGCGAAAGCGCUGGUGCGGUUUCUACAUCAUACCACAUGUUGUCGAAGAAAUCACAAGGACUCUUUAAGAAAGUAAUCCUGCAGAGUGGUACAGCUUUGUGUCAGUGGGGAUAUCACACACCUGCCAAAGCACUCAAGAAUGCUCAAACUCUCGGCAAACUGCUUGGCUACAAAGGGAACUCAACAAAAGAAUUACUGCACUUCCUCCGUUCUGCUCCUGCAAGACGCAUGAUUGAGAAAGCUAACAAAGUUGACUUAGAUGCAUUGCCGUUCAGACCAACGAUAGAAAACGUCAAAAUCACCAAGGGGGGCGCAUUUUUGACGGAAUGCCCUAUAGAGAUUUACGAAUCUGGAAAGUUCACUGCGGUUCCUACAUUAUUGGGUUAUAACCACGACGAGUUUCUAUUUUUCUUAGACUAUUUUGUCGGAAACCCGAGCUACACACAAGUACUGAAGCGUAUGUUCGAACUGGUAACCCAGUUUAGUGGAAACGUCGACCAGAUUCUUGGAACUGCAGGAGGAUUGUUGUUCAAUUUCUUGCCCAACUUCCUACUUGGAGAUGUUGUAGAUCUUGUAACUAACGCGCUAUUUAUUGCGCCAAUCGAUCUAACCCAAAGCAACCCAACAAUAAAGAACGCUUCACAUGCUGGUCCAGUAUUCGAAGCGACUUGGUUAGACAGCAGCAAGACAGGUGUACAAUUGGAUAUUAACGAAGUAACUAUUCUGAAAGGUCGUUUGAUUAAUCCAGUGACUGUCCGUUUCCAUCAAGGAUACAGAGAAAGGCUUCCGCAAAAUUCUGAUUGCGCAGGGAUUACGUUCCUUGCUUUGUGGUUGCUGCCACAGUGCUUGAGCGAAGAGUACACUCGAACAGAUGUGGUCCAGACUACCAGCGGACCCGUCAGAGGUAUCGUAAAAGAGACAGUAUGGCACUCCAUCAAAUACAACGCUUUCUUGGGCAUCCCUUAUGCAGAACCACCGAUUGGUAACCUGAGGUUCAAGCCCCCUGUUCCAAAGAAACCAUGGACAAACGUUUACGAUGCCGUAGAGGAGGGAGGUACCUGUCCUCAACUUGAUUUCUUUAACGAGGGAUACAUAGGUGUCGAAGACUGCUUGUACUUGAACGUGUUAACGCCACAGUUGGUUAAUGGAAGCAACCCGAAACCAGUCAUGUUCUGGAUUUAUGGCGGAGCAUUUUUCUCGGGAUACAGCAACAUAUCUUUCUACGGACCUGACUUCAUGCUCGAACAGGACGUUGUCUUCGUCAGCAUGAAUUAUCGUGUCGGUGCGCUAGGAUUUUUGGCAAUGCGUCACCCCGAUGCUCAAGGUAACGCCGGCAUGAAGGAUCAGCUCUUGGUUUUGAAAUGGGUGCGGGACAAUAUCGCUGCGUUUGGCGGUGAUCCUAAUGAAGUGACUAUGUUCGGUGAAAGUGCCGGCGGUGGUUCUGUAGGAUUACACGUGUUGUCGGAAAAAUCUAAGGGACUCUUCAAACGAGUGAUCCAACAAAGCGGAACACCAUUAUGCCAGUGGGCAUUCCAUUCACCCGAUAAGGCAUUUGAAAACGGUCGCAACCUUGCCAGCAGACUUGGUUACGAAGGAUCAACCGCGGAAGGUAUAGUGAAUUUCCUUCGCGGUGUGGACGCAGAAGAGAUGACCAUGAAGACUUUCCUAGUGGACUUCGGUUUCUUGCCAUUCCGGCCAACGGUAGAGAAUGCUGACCUUGCGCCCGAUGGCAGUUCAUUCUUGACUCAGUGCCCCAUACAGAAAUAUAAGUCUGGAAACUUCAGUAAAGUGCCUUUACUUUUGGGUCGCAAUAAGGACGAGGCUCUCUUCUUCUUGGACUAUAUGGUUGGAAGUGGAAACCAUCAGGAAGCAAUAGCGAAUCUGGUACAGACUUCAAUGGGUAUCAGUGGAAUCGUAGACGAUAUGUUGGGUGCCUUUACUGGAGUAGUGUUCAACAUGCUCCCUGAUCCUUUGAUUCAGCUUGUUCUUAAUAUAUUCACCAGCCUCAUGUUCACGGCUCCCAUCGAUUUGACGCAGCAACUGAUAGCAAAGUCGAACGAAAACAAUCCUAUUUAUUAUUACAUGCUCUCUUACGAGUCACAAUGGAACGUGCACAAUUUGGUAGGCGACACGCUAAAUGGAACCUCUCACGUCGAUGACAUCGCAUACUUGUUCAACAUGCAAAAAAUUAAGGCGCCGACAGACCCUAAUCAUCCCUUCAACGUGUUCCGGAAGAAGAUGGUCACCUUAUGGACAAACUUCGCUAAAUACGGAAAUCCGACACCAAAGAAUGAAAGCGACCCUGUCACGUUCGACGUGAUUUGGGUGGACAGCACUGCAACCGGUGCACAGCUAGAAAUCAACGAAGCUGCUUUCAUGAGAAAACGCACAGCAAAUACAAUAACUCAAUCAUAUGCAAACGGUCUUAGUAACAGGCUCCCCGAACUCACUGGGUGCAAGCCGAUUCCGGAUGCAGCAUCCUCGAGCCUCUUCGACAAGCUCUUCUAAUCAACAUAACGUAACAUAUUCUUUGUAUAUUUAAAUUAUUGUUUGACAUAG